GCCUAACCAAUCCAGGGCCCCAAAAGUCAAAUUCUUUUGUUAGAGAGGGAUGGCGAAGGCAGCAGAGCCGGCUGCUUCUCCUCCUAAAAUCAUAUGGAACGAGAGAGAAAGCAAGUUUGAGACGGAGGAUAAACGAGCCUACCUCCAAUACUAUCUCCGCGACGUGACGCCAACGGUCGAAGAAGACGAGAAGAGGAAGAUCACGGUGAUGGACAUGGUCCACACUUUCGUGCCGGGGAGUAAAAGGGGCCUCGGCCUCGCCAACCGCCUCUGCGCUGCUGCGUUUGAUCACGCUCGCCGCAAUUCGUUGUUCGUCGUGCCCACCUGCUCGUACAUCUCGGAUACCUUUCUUCCUCGGAAUCCUUCGUGGAUGUCAGUUGUGUACAGUGAGGAUCUGAAGUCUUCCAUGUAAAGUAUGUUGAAUGCUUCUUUUCAAAGUGAUGUUUGUGUUGCGUGUUUAUGAAUCUUUAUUGACUGAAAUCCUGGUUGUAGUUUUUAUCCCUGUAAUUUUAUCUGUGUGUCCGUGGGGCCUUCUUGAGAUGCUUCAGUAAAUAAAUUAUAUACUUGCAUUGGACUUGUCAUCA